CACAGACGGCAACUGUAGCUACUCUCUAGAACAAGACGACCUCUAAGCUUACAUCUUUCACAGAAAUGAUGUGCUGAUACUGCAGAAGAGAUUACGGCAACAAUGGAAUACCAGAUACUGAAUACAUCUACCUGUCUGCUGGUCCUUCUGUUUUUCAUACCCACUGUUUUGGGUAUCUGUCCUUCUAACUGUACGUGCUCAGGAAAUGACAGGAAUGUGGACUGUUCAGGCAGAAACUUAACUAUACUGCCACACGGACUUCAAGACAACAUUACAUAUUUAAAUCUGUCCUUUAACCAGUUCAUAGAUCUCGAUCAUCAGCUAACAAGAUUCACCAAUUUGAGGACCCUUGAUAUUUCAAAUAACUGGCUCAAGAAUGUUCCUGCUCAUCUGCCCAAGUCCUUAUGGGAAUUAUAUGCCAUAAACAACAACAUUAAAGUUCUUCAGAAACUUGAUACAGCUUACCAGUGGAAUCUUAAAGUGCUUGACGUUUCCAGGAACAUGGUGGAAAGAGCUGUUCUGAUCAACAACACCCUGAGCAGUCUCAAAUUUCUCAAUCUCAGUAGCAACAAACUUUGGACAGUUCCAACCAAUAUGCCCUACAACUUAGAGACGGUGGAUCUAUCCAAUAACUUCUUGUCCCAGAUACUUCCAGGAACACUGCUGAGGCUACAACACCUUACAAGCCUCUACCUGCACAAUAACAAGUUCACAUACAUUCCUGACAAAGCUUUUGAUCAGCUCUUUCAGCUGCAAGUAGUAACACUAUAUAACAACCCGUGGUCCUGCAGCGAUAAAGAAAAUAUCCCUUACUUGCUUAAAUGGGUGCAGGGAACAGCCGCCAGUGUUCUAGGGGCUCCCUGUGCUAAUCAAUCUGUGCUCUGGAUGAAUGCCACACCAACUUCAGCGGCUCCCACGGUGAUAGACUCCAGCCUCAUGAGUAAAGGAAUGAAGGCAGCAGACAAGGCUACUUCCCCAGUGGCAACGGAACCGACCAAAAUGACAAAAAUGCAUAAACAAUUUAAAGCUAAGGAAGUUACUACCCUGGCCACCUUAAGCCAAACUGUACUGUUCACGAGCACAGACCGACCACUACUCCUCUACCCAGAAGAUCUGACAACUAGGAAGGUUAGUUCUCAAGAAGCAGCAGCCACACACACAAUCUACAUCAAAGAUCCUACCGAGGCCAACUCAAGCCAGUCGGGUUCAACAGGAUCAUCCACUACUCCUAUGACUUUAAGUAUCACCAGUGGAAUGCCAACAAACUACUCCAAAAUGCCUCAAAGCACAACUGCUACCUUAAGGAAAGAGGAAUCUACUACAAAUACUUUGAACACUCAUGUGCCCUCCAAAGCAAGUAUCUGUGAUAUAUAUUUGGUUUAUGUUGUAAUGCUUCGUGCAGUGGCAAUGUUUAUUGGCUAA